GGGUCUCUGCUCUGCUGGGAGACCCGGGCUUGUCACCAGCUGCAGGGGGGCGGGUGCGCCCACGUGCUCGGAGGUCUAGGCCUCCGGAGCGCUUCAGUCCGGCCCCGCCCCCUAGGUGCCGGGAGGAAUCCCCGGCGAUGGCGAAGCUCGGCGGGUGGGGGUUGCGCUGAGUGGCCCCUCCCCCCGCCCGCACGGCAAGGAGGAAGCAGAGUGAGCUCGGCGGGCGGGGUUUCGCGUGGUAGCCCCUCCCCCCCGCCCGCACGGCGCAGAGGAGGAAGACUGAGAGUGGGUGCCGGCUCCUCCGCUGACAGGCUGUCUGUCAGGGAGGGAGCUCGACGAGGGAGACGUUCAGCUGCGGCUGCCGGGCUGUCCCCUGAUGCGGCUGGUGGGCCCCCUGGACAGUCGGGA